UCAUAUAAGGAACCGCUCGACCAAUCUGAUUGCUGGAAACUCUUUGCUCAGCUCUGAAAUUAUACUAAUAAUUAUUGUCAUAUAUUAUGAUAGCGUUAUUAAAUAAAUCAUACGUGACUGCGUUUUAUGUCAAGUAAAUGUUACGAAAUGUGUUAAAAAACACACAUUUGAAGUGCAGAAUAUCUUAGAUAGCAAAGAUAUUAUACAACAUGAACGUUUAUGAAAAUAAUUUCUCAACAAAACGCAUCUACAUGAAUGAACAAAGGCGAACGUUGGAUGCCUCAACGAUCAUCAAAUCGUUCUGCGAUUGCAAAUGAGGGUGUGAACCGCGUGACAUGGUCUCGUGACAUGACAAAAUGGCUCUCAACUGUACACGGUGGGGCAUUAUGGGCGCUAGCCUAAUCGCUCACGAUUUCAUGGUGGCAUUGAAAACAUUACCAGAAAACGAACACACAGUAGUUGCAGUAUCCUCUCGUUCCCUAGACAGAGCAACCGAAUUUGCAGAGAGACAUAAAAUCGCCAAGGCAUACGGUUCAUACGAGGAACUCGCUAAAGACGAAGAUGUCGAGGUUGUUUAUGUUACUACUAUCCAUCCGCAGCAUGCAUCGCUUUGUAAACUGGCACUAAGUCACGGAAAACAUGUCCUUUGCGAAAAACCCUUUACUCUGAAUCUGAAAGACACCAAGGAAUUGUUUGAUCUGGCAAAGAUUAAAGGACUGUUUAUUAUGGAGGCGCUAUGGACAAGAUUUUUUCCACUUUAUGCGGAAGUAAAAAACCUAGUAGACUCAAAUGUUCUUGGAGAGAUUCGAGUUGUUAUGGUUUCAUUCGGAGUAAACUUAGACCAUGUAGAACGCUUGCAAGACCCUGCUCUGGGUGGAGGUGCCCUGUUGGACCUUGGAAUAUAUUGUUUGACUAUUGUUGAUAUGAUAUUUGGUGGUCAAGAACCUGUAAGAAUAUCUGCUGCAGGUCAGAAAACACCUGCUGGUGUGGACUCCACAGUAACAAUUACAAUGCUUUAUACAGAAAACAGAACAGCUUCAGUAACCAUAAGCAUGGCUGCUCAACUCCCAAAUGAAGCUGUAUUUGCAGGAUCAAAGGGAUCACUCACAAUUCAUGCACCAUUCCAUUGUGCAACAAAAUUCACCUCACCUGCAGGAACAAAGGAAUACCCUCUUCCAAAGCCCAGCAUGCCCUUAAAAUUUGUGAAUUCUACAGGAAUGAGAUAUGAAAUUGAAGCUGUCAGAAAAAGUUUACUGUCAUCUGAAACACAGAACUCUACCAUGCCUUGGAGUACAACUGAAAGAAUUUUUGGUUGGAUGGAUGAGAUUCGCCAACAGAUUGGGGUUGUUUACAAAGAAGACAUUCAUAAGGACCUUUAGGAUUGAGAGAGUACUCCAUUUCAAUCCACUCCCCUUCCCUGGCUGAAAACAGUGAUUAGAUACCAGGGCCAUAGCUAGCAUGAGGCAAGACGAGGCAAUUGCCUCGUCUUAAUUUUGGCCUUUUUAAUUUUUUUCUUAAAGAUUGAC